AGCUUAACUUUGAAAAUUAUACUUGGAUUUCAUUUAUGUUACCAUAUUUCUAGUUUUUCAUAAGUUAAUCAGAAAUAUUGUGAAGACCGAACUCAAAGGUCGUUUUUCGUUUAUGUUUUAUUACAAAUAUUGUUAUAUUAUAAGUAAUAUUGUAGUCGUGAACUUGUGUCUAAAACUCUAAAAACACAAUACUUCGGGGCGUAUUAUAAUUGUUUUUUAUUAUUAAUUUUGACGCAGUUAGUGUUGAAAAUCGAUUGUUUCCAAGCUAACAAAACUUAUCAGUUUUGAAGGAGAAGUUAUAAUCGUAUGAUCAUAACUUUUGAAAAUGGGAAACAAGUCGUCAUUGUUAUUGAGAGAAGAAGAAAUAGCGCAAAUUCAAGAAGAAACUGGCUUCACUCCAAAUCAAAUUGAGCGUCUAUACUCACGUUUCACAGCACUUGAUAAGAAUGACUGUGGGACUUUAUCGAGGGAAGAUUUUCUCAGAAUUCCAGAGUUAGCUAUAAACCCUCUGAGUGAAAGGAUUGUCCAUUCUUUCUUUGCGGAGAGCCAUGAUGAUAGAGUCAAUUUUCUACAGUUUAUGCGAGUGCUGUCUCACUUCCGUCCUAUCAGGAAGAAUAGGGAGAAUAGACUGAACAGCAGAGAAGAAAAAUUAAGAUUUGCAUUUUCAAUGUACGAUCUGGACAAUGAUGGCAAGAUUUCACGUGAUGAACUAUUGGCGAUACUGCAUAUGAUGGUCGGAGUAAAUAUCAGUGAAGAGCAACUAACAAGUAUCGCUGAGAGGACAAUAGUUGAAGCUGACACCAACAAUGAUCAAAUGAUAUCCUUCGAAGAAUUUUGUCGAGCUCUGGAGAGGACAGACGUCGAGCAAAAGAUGUCCAUUCGCUUUCUCAAUUGACCUCCAAAUUCUUGAACAAUAUACAUUACUUACAUCAUGGCCAUGCUGCUAGCGGUCAUUGUCUAUGGGCUCCUAACAAAAAGUAAACUAUUGUUCAUGCUCUGAGAAACGUCAGAUGCGGAUUAGCUUAAUAUAACUUUAGUAAAUUAUUUUAUUAUUAGUGAGUAGUUUGAAUUGGGUAUUCAUGGGGACUAUUGUAAUAUAGACGUUUUUCUUCCAAUUAGUCAAAAAAUAACUAGCAUGAACUAAUAUAAUCAAAUGUUAUAUUUAAAUUGAAUUAAAAGCGUGGCUAUUUUAUAUAUAAACAAUGCUAUGUAUUAAUUCAAUAAUAUUUGGGUUUUUCUUUAAACUUUUCUAACGAAACUACCAUCCUCUUUUGUACAAAGUGCAUUUAAAGAGAUAAUUAAAGUAUGUAUUAUAAUAUUUUAUUAUAGCCAGUGAUAAAAAUUAGUAAGAUGUGGGUGAUUAAAGAGUAGAUGAAUAAUAACUAUUGUAUGUAAAAUCAAUUUUAUCAAAACUUUAAUAAUAUAGAAAGGUAUAAUAAAAAAGGUUAUAAUGGUAUGCGUUCCCUGGCUUAUGUCUUUAACUAUAUAUUUUAAUUUUGGUUCUCUGUUUCGCUCACACACAUUGGUGCAAAGCCAAUAGGGUUCGUUGCGUCGUCUUGUGCGCUCAUUUUACUGUUUACAAUGUUUGUUGCUUGAAAAAUGUUAAUCUAGAAUUUGUCAUAUAAUAUUUAAUAACUAAAUCUAGUUAGAGCUCUCUUUUGUAUUCUCUAGGCUUACAAGGCAUUUUAUGGUUUUUUAUGUGACUUUAGUGGAUUGUAAAUGUAUUACAAUUUAGCGGAAGAAGAAUUUAAUAAAAAAAUAUUUCAAUAACAAUAAUAAUGUAUUAGAACACAAAGUUAACUAUAAAUGUGAUGAUAGUAGCGUAGAUAAUAUAUGGCAAUAUUUAUGUAA